CUUUAUUACGUCAUUGGUAAGUCAAAUUAUCGAAUGUCCUUCUGUUAGUUUUGUUGUCGAAUGGACUGGUUGUGGCGUUUUUCUAUCAUUUUAAUCUAAUAAAAAUCACUACAUUUCAAAUCGUUAGAAAAAUGAGUAGUAGAAAACGAGAUUUCACUUUAAAUGGUGGUUCGAAUGCGGUGAAAAGGGAGAGAUCUCGAUCUCGUUCACCGAGAAGAAUCAAAGAAGAACAUGAAGAAGAUAAAACUUCCAUUAAGGAGGAACCUAAAACAGACUCUAGAAAACAUUUUGAAAAUAUUAGCUUAGCCCCUAAGAAUAGAUUAAAAAGUAUGACUAUACAGAUGAAAUUAGGAGACGUAAAGAAAGAACCUCUUGCUAAGCCUAAAAUGAGCGUAGCCAAUGUUUUUAAUCAAGACAGUGACAGUGAACCCGAAGAAAUGCCGCCACAUGCUCGUAUGAGAAUGAGAAAUAUAGGGAGAGACACUCCCACUUCUUCAGGUCCCAAUUCAUUCGGGAAAACAAAACAGGGAUUUUCUGAUGCCAAUAAGCUAUUUGAAAAAACUCUAAAAGAAGCUAUGGAGAGUGCAAGGGCAGAUGAUUAACACAUUAAAUUGAAUUAAAUUAUCUCAUAUUUUGAUCUAGAUUGAAUUUUUCCCAGAGUAAGCAAAUUAGGAUCGUUGAAUGUUGCUAUGAGGUUUAAAUUAUGCUUUUCGUAAAGAUUAAAGUGUUAUUAAAUUUUUUUUUCAUAUAUAUAUAUAUAUAUAUAUAUAUAAUAUAAUUAAUAUGUUUAUAUAAGAACGGGACUGAUUUUUUUUGUAUUUAUUCAAAUAAUAAUUAAUGUACAUAAAGAAUUUUACAACACAAAUUAAAUUUAGGUGGUUGUUUAUCUAUACAUAUAAAUAUAUACUAAUCCUAAAACUCUAUUUCAUUGUAAUCUCGUCAUAGAAUAUUUGAUAAGCAGCUGCGGCCGCAGCAGUAGUUCAAACGUAUCCUUAGUACGACAAUUGAAAUUGAAACAAUUAUGAUUUUUAUGCUCUUACUUAUAUAGCGUAUCUAGUAUUGCAUUACAACAUUCUAAAAUGUAUUUCGCAUAUCUAUAUACAGGGGAUGUACCAAAUGAUCAAAUAAAAGUUCUCUUUCAAGUGGUUGGAAUUUUUUAUU